AUGUCGGAUUUAUCACUUAAGACUACGCCUUCCACUGGCUUUUAUAAUAUAAUAGUUAGCGGAAAAUCUUUUAAUUUGUCAACUACAGCUCUUUACUCUGAUAGUCCGAACUAUUUCACUGACGUGUUCUCUUCUCCCUUAGAAGAGUCGCGUACAAAGGUUAUGUUCGUUGAUAGGGAUCCAGAAGUGUUUAAGGAUAUCGUAAAACAUUUGCAAGGUUAUUAUGUAACUCCUCGUGACGAGAAUCAUUAUGCGGAUCUUAUAGCCGAUGCAACUUAUUACAAUUUAAUGAAAUUGAAAGCACAAUUACGCGCAAACUAUAUUGUUAACGUUGGAGGAAAAGUUUUUCGAGUUGAUAAAGAAAUUUUGGAAAAGCGUGAUGCACCAAAUUUCUUUACUUCCUUUGGAUUUGGAUAUGGAUGGGAACCAUCGGGGAUACCGCCUACCCCUUUGCCGUUAACAAUACCACCACCUAUACUUGAUCGUGAUCCGGAAUUAUUUUCUGAUAUUUUGCGAUAUCUUCAAGGAUAUGAAAUUGGUAUUAAAGAUGAAGUUCAUAGACAAAAUUUACUUAAGGAUUCACGAUUUUAUCAUUUAAAAGGAUUAACUGAAAAAUUAUUGGCAUCUAGUAUGACAGUGAAUGGUUUUUCUAAAGAAGAAAGCGCGAGAAAUGAGAUAUUAUUUCGUUUAAAAGAUAUUAGGCCUGCAAGUGUUUUGUUACCAGAGAAUAAUAAUAAUUAUAACAAUAAUAAUAAUAAUGACGAUAUAUUGUCGGAAGAAAUUUCCACGGGGUCCACCAGUCACAUAAUGUAUAAAAAUAAAGAAGGAACUGUUUACGUUUUGUUAGUUGAGAUACAUAAUAUUCAUCUAAUUUGUAGAUAUGGAGCACCAUCAUCUCCUAUGACGGCUACAACCACUCCAACCACAAAUCCCGCUACACCCACCAAUGCAUCGAAGAUUCAACCAUUAUUGCGACCAGUUUUGGAGCUAGUUUUAUCCGAUAAGGACAUACAAAAACUUAAAAAUAUUGCUAAAUCUAUCAAAGCUUCGGAGGAAAUUGUUACAACAAUUCAUUCACCAGAUACUUGCGCAUUUGAAAUAGAUGGUAACAAGUGCACUUUAGAAGCGUUAUCAAAUACCGACAAGUUAUCACAUCUGAUGAAAAAUGAUGAUGGUAAUCGAUAUUUAAAACUUUAUGUCACGAGAUCUAUUUUAAGAUUAAUCACUAAUAAUGGUAAGGUAGAAAUGGAAAUGCUUAAAUGUGAAGCCUUUAGCUCGGAAAGAGGAUUUAAUUGUAAAAGAGAAUUCCUACCAGAUGAAAAAAGGAUUGCGCUAUAGAUUCAAGCGAAUCAAGAGUUUAACUUGUAAUAAUAUAUAUAUAUUUUUAAGUGAUUUUGGGACAAAAAUUAUUAGAUUAAUAAAAAUUAUUAAUAUUAUUCGAUCCAUUAUAUUGAUAAAUCAUCAUCAGGAUCCUCA